UGAAUUACAGAAUGAAAAAUCACAGCCGUAUAUAACGAAGUCGACCGCGAGGAUACGGUACCAGUAAGCUUUCCUCGCGUCCGUGUGCCUUCAGCAAGGAGGCCCGAAACCGUCCAGCGAUGAUGAUCGUUAAGGUUUUGCUCCUGCUGUGCCUUACAGCUUACGCUGCCGGGCAAGUAGUUGUUCAACCUGUCCAACAGGUGGAGUCACCUCCUCAACCUUAUAGCUUCAGCUAUGACACCACUGACGAGUUCGGCACCCGGAUGACCCGCGAGGAGACCAGUGACGAGAACAACCACAAGGUCGGAUCCUACAGCUACACGGAUGCGAAUGGCCUCUCGCGGACUGUGCGCUACGUCGCCGACGCUGAGGGCUUCCACGUCACCAUUGAGACUAACGAGCCCGGCACUCGAACCUCCAACCCUGCCGACGCGCAGAUCACCUCUACUGCCGUCGAGCCGCCGCCUCAAGCUGCUCCUGUCGCCGUGCAGGCACUACAUGGUGCCCCGGCUGCCGUAGCUGUGCACGCUGGCCCGACUGCCGUAGCCCUGCAUGCGGCUCCUGCGGAAGCCGUCGCUUUGCACGCUCAUCCAGCUGCCGUACAUGCGGCGCCAGUUGCCGUACACGCAGCGCCUGUGACCCUGCACGCCGCGCCCGUCUCAUUCGCAACGGCGCAGCACGCAGUGCCCCUAUCAGUUGUGGGGCGAGCUAAAAGUCGUUAAACGAUGUCCAAAGACGCGCCCGCUUAGAAAUCAGGGAGUGGAAUUUUGCAGCCCCUUUGGUCCUUACGUAUUGUCUCACCGUGGCUUGUAACUCUCGGAGGCGUGGCGACCAGCACGUUGGUUGAAUACUUUGCGUUGAAUGUGUCGUACAAAGCUUAAUUAUGCGUCAAGAUACCUCGUUAUACUAGUACUCAUGUUCCUUUUCAAAUUUCUUGUAUGUUGAAAUAUCUAACACCACUGUGUUCGGUACACUACAGAAAAGCGGCCCAGGCAUGUUACCAGAUCACAUACUGAGCAUUCUAAGAACAAGGAAAAAAGGAGUAUCUGUUACUCUUUUCCGUGAUUCUUGACUUCCUACCUACGUGACUCCCUUUAUAGAGACAAGUUAACUCUCUUUCGAGCCCCACGACUCCGCGGCUAGAGUAUUGUGAUAUCCAAAGAGGGUUCACGUGUCUGUUUAAACAGAGUCAUACACGUGGCAAAACAGAACUCACAAAAAAGAGUCAAAUGACUAUUUUUUUUCUCAGGGUGUGCCACCAUAGCUUGUCCCUCCUUCGGCCCCGUACGCCAACAAUAUUACGUACGUUCGCUGCACUAGUUUCUUUGAUGGUUGCAAUUUAACCAGAAUCUUUCACGAUGUGGGGUGGACAAGAUGUUUUUGACAGGACUUUUUUUGGUGUCCCCAGCUGAUCCUCAAUCAUAUACCAAUGUACUACGCUAGAAAAGCACCGGGAGUUCCUCUAUUUCAGACACCGCAGUCCGGUAAUGCACUUUGUCUAUUCCUACCACCAGGAUUCUUCAGAAACGACGUCUCAACUUCACUACAUUCACAUAGUAGCCGACACCACCUUCUCGUAAAUAUUUCUCUCAGCUAUCAACACGCAGCAUAAAGCGCAGAUGAAGCUUCACUUGCUGAUCUGCACUUAAGUUUUUUUAGUCACAAUGCGGAGUACAUUGGAGGGAGACUCUAGGAUAUGCAAGCUUUUUUUUUGUUGGUUUAGUGAAUACGCUUUAACAGACUAAGCAAUUGUUUUAAUUUACGCCAUCAUAUUAACAUGGAUGUUGGUACUGACUACUCUAACAAUCGUGUUUCUGUGCUCCAGCGCUCACCUGAGGGACCUUUCGGGAACUACAGCUUAUGUAACAAUGUGUACUUGUUUUCGAAACGCCAAAGUGAUUGUUAUAUAUCGAGUGUUUGUUUACAUAAGUAUGUAAAUGUGUGAUGUCUUGCAAGCUAUAUAGAAGAAACGAACCUCUUCCAGCUUUUUGUGUUUGCUCAGAGCGUAUGUUUUAACCAUGUGCAUUCUACCUAAGAUAUCUUUCCUUAAGCAGUACUAACAAAUUAACGUGAAAGCGUGUUAAGUAGUGCUAUACAGUUCGCCAUGUGAUACACUUGGUAACUGCUUGAAACAUGAAGACCAUCUAGAAGCUGAGAAUGAAAAAAAGUCUGUCAAAAGAAUACGAACACAGAAUAAAGAGACCCAGUGUCUUUUUUUUAACACGAAAGAAGUUUCAGUAAAAAAAUGGGAACCCUUAUUUCGCAUUUAGACUUUAGAUUUCUACAGCCUGAGAGUCCGUUCUUGAUCAGGAUGGCACCGGAUCGGGAAGGAUCGAUGUGAAGUAAUGAUAAAUCGCAUCUGUUGAUUACCUAAAGCCUUGUCGUAAGCUUCACGGCAUAUUCAGUGUAAUCGCUUUAGAGAAAUCACAGUCAAAAGAAGAAAUAAGCUGUGACAAUUGUAGAACGAAAAUAUCUUCAGAUUUGUGAACCAUUUCAGGGCAGGGGCAUUAUCCCAGUGCGAAACUAAUUUGAAAGACGUGAAACGUGCUUGAGCUGCACGAAUAUAUUUGCUUAGUGCUGACUUCACUACAGGUUUUCUAAAGCGCAAUUCCUGAUCAUUACAAACACAGAAAAUAAAAGAAAAAAAAUCGCAGGGCAAGAAAUCAUCUCUUAAGUUGAGAGGAAGCGCCUGUUGUGUGUGUUCUUUCAGCCCUGGUUUUCUGUGUGUU